AUCCCCAGCUUGAAAAAUGUGUAAAAUUGAGACCUCACAUAUUUAAUUCAUAUUUAAUUGACACCACAUUUUAUUUGGCACUAAAAAAAAAGCGCAAGUUUUAAGGAAGAAACGAUUACUAAAAUUGGCAAGGCAAAAAAAAAAGUGUAAAUUCAGACCUCACAUAUUUUUCACAUUUAAUUGAAACCACACUUUAUUUGGCACUAAAAAAAAGCGCAAGUUUAAAGGAAGAAACGAUUACUUAAACUGGCAAGGGAAAAAAAACAAAGACGACAAAGUGAGACUACCUAAGCCAAUGGUGAAUCCUAGUCCAGCAAGUUUUUGGACGCAAGCCAAUGCGUUACUUAGGAAGAACUUAACCUACCAGAGGAAACACAUAUGGACAAAUGUUCGGCUCAUCCUGGUUCCACUCUUCCUCUGUUUAAUUCUGCUGGCGAUUCAACAAGUGCUUGAUGCCUUGAUGAAGAGUGUCUCUGAUAUGUCUAAUUGUGGAGGCAACGUUACUUUGCCUGGUGGUAUCUGUCCCAUCCCAAACCCUCCACCGUUGCCUCCGAUGUUGCAGAUUCCACAACAUGAACUCCGUUCCGUUAAGACCGAUUUCUUUUCCUACAAAGAUCUCCCUGACAAGUCAUGCAGAGGAACAGGAUCUUGUCCUGUAACGAUACUUAUCACUGGUGAUAAACUGGCUCUUGGAAAAGCUUUAUCCGCAAAUAUCUUCAGCACUUCUUUUGUGGUUAAUUCCUCCGACCUCUUGCCUACUUUAGCCAAUAACGUCUUGGGUUCAACAGAAGCAGCGGGGGAAGACAAUUAUGAAGACCCGGGGAUUGCCUCAGAUCUCCCUAUUUACAGUAUCCAACCUUCUUGCAGUGCAAACUCUACAUGGCCACUCUCGCUCGGACAAAUUCAGACAGCGGUGAAGUGUGUUCAAGGGUUGUGUCUCUGGAGAAAUAACUCUGUAGAGGUCAAUGAUGAGCUUUUCAAGGGUAGUUGGAGGGGAAACCCUGCGGGGAUGACAAAUGAGAUCGUUGCAGCAUACGAUCUCAUGAGCACGGAUAGGAAAAAUUUCAAUGUGACCAUAUGGUAUAACUCAACCUACAAUGAUGAGUUUUCAACUGGUCAGCCUUUAAAGCUGGUCCGAGUUCCCCGCUCUAUCAAUCUGAUAUCAAAUGCUUAUCUUAAGUUUCUAAAAGGCCUUGGGACAAGGAUAUUAUUUGAGUUUCUCAAAGAAGUUCCUAAAAAAGAAACGAAAAUGAAUCAAGACAUUGCGUCCUUGCUAGGCCCACUUUUCUUCACUUGGGUUGUUCUUCUUUUGUUCCCCGUGAUCUUGACAUCAUUGGUGUAUGAGAAGCAAGACCGUAUACGAAUUAUAAUGAAAAUGCACGGGCUAGCAGAUGGUCCAUAUAGGAUGAUUUCAUAUGCCUAUUCUCUCUCCAUAUAUAUGUGGUAUGUUAUUAUCUUUGUGAGCUUCGGGUCUGCUAUAGGACUCAAGUACUUCCGGCUCAAUGACUACAGCAUCCAGUUCGUUUUCUAUUUUAUCUACUCAAAUCUACAAAUCUCGUUGAAAUUUGAAUGGCUUUCUCUGUUUUAUGGCUUAAUUGUAGUCGUUGCUUACAUAUUGGUGUACGGAACUGGGCUCUUGGGUAGCUUUCUUUUCCAAAAAAUGAUUGAAAAUCAGUCAUUCCCGGAAGAAUGGAUUCUUGCCAUGGAGUUGUAUCCCGGCUUUUCUCUGUACCGCGGGUUGUAUGAGUUCUCGCAAUAUGCCUCCCGGGGAAACGGGAUGAAGUGGCAAGAUCUCAGUGAUAGCGGAAUGGGUGAAGUUUUCUGUAUCAUGUCAAUAGAGUGGUUUCUUGCUCUCAUUGUAGCCUACUAUAUCGAUCAGGUUUUCACAUCCGGAAAGCAUCCUUUCUUUUUCUUGGUGAACCCUUUCAAGAAACCUUCUUCCCUACCAAGGAGGCCUACUGUGCAAAGGGUGGAUUCUAAAAAAGUCUCCAUAGAUAUAGAAAAACUUGAUAUCACUGAGGAGAGGGAAAAGGUUCAAAAAUUGAGGAAUGAAGGUAGCACAGGGCAUGCGAUCUUGUGUGACAACCUGAAAAAGGUUUAUCCAGGUAGAGAUGGUAACCCGCCAAAAAUGGCAGUACGAGGGUUGUAUCUCAGCGUUCCUUCAGGAGAAUGCUUCGGCAUGCUUGGACCUAAUGGUGCCGGCAAAACUUCCUUCAUCAGUAUGGUUAGUCUUCAUUAGUAUGGUCAGUUUUGCAAACACAAGUUUCAGAGUGUCAAAUUUGUAAUAUAUCUAGCUUAUUUUCUUGCUGCGCUGGACAGCUCAGUNNNNAGUGUCAGCCUAUUCGAUGGAGGAGUUGGCGACAAACCUGCUGGUAAUUACAGUGGAGGUAUGAAAAGGAGGCUUAGCGUGGCCAUAUCGCUUAUCGGGAACCCCAAGGUGGUUUAUUUAGAUGAGCCAAGCACAGGACUUGAUCCAGCCUCGAGGAAGAAUUUAUGGAAUGUGAUCAAGCGUGCAAAACAAAACACAGCAAUAAUUCUCACAACUCACUCGAUGGAAGAAGCCGAAUUUCUAUGCGAUAGAUUGGGAAUUUUUGUAGACGGAGGCUUGCAAUGCAUAGGAAACUCUAAGGAACUGAAGAGCAGAUACGGUGGAUCAUAUGUCUUCACGAUGACAACAUCUUCAAAUCAUGAGGAAGAGGUAGAGAGAUUGGUUGAAUCUAUCUCUCCCAACGCCAAGAAGAUAUAUCACCUUGCUGGUACUCAGAAAUUCGAGCUCCCAAAGCAAGAGGUUCGGAUUGCUGAGGUGUUUCGCGCUGUUGAAAAGGCCAAAUCAUCCUUCACAGUCUUUGCCUGGGGACUCGCGGACACAACUCUCGAAGAUGUCUUCAUCAAAGUUGCUAGAACUGCUCAAGCCUUCAUUUCCUUGUCUUAAAAGCUAUUUUUACAGUUAUAGGUUUCUCUUUCUUGGGUCAAAAUUCUAUGUCUUGAGACACACGCAAACUUACCACCAUCUUGUUAAUAGUUCUUUAGUGUCGAGGUAGAGUUGCGAUAGCAGAGAUUUCUGCGAAGGUUUGUGGCAUAUGCUCUAGAGCAAACACAUCAUGUUAAAUUACGGGACACUUUAUGUUUAGCCAAAUUUAAAUUUUUAUAUUAAUUUUUUUUAAUCAUAAUUGAAUUUUGAGAA